AUGUUGCCAUUUAAGGGAGCCAUUUACGGCUUAAAGCUGGGCUCAUUGCCUGUGCGAACAUUCAUGCAUACAUACAAAACUUCAAAUAUUGCAAGCACAACAUCGGGAUGGAUAAACCACAAAAUAAACGUAAGACUAACAAGCAGAGGAUAUGCUACUGUGAAGACUCCAAAUAUUGACUGGAAUCCGAUGAGGUCAAAGCAUGAUCUCAACAACGAGGGAGAUCGAACAAAAUCGCAUAAAGUUGUUUUUGGCUUGCUUUGUUUUGCCCCUAUUCUCACAUUUUGCUUGGGAGUUUGGCAGGUGAAACGUCUAAAGUGGAAAACCAAGUUAAUUGCACAGGCCGAGGACAGAUUGGCAUAUAAACCAAUCGUGUUUCCAAACGGACUUACAGACGAAGAAGUCGAAAAAGAGUUGCUAUACAGAAAAGUUUACAUUACGGGUAAAUUCGACUAUACUCGGGAGGUAUACGUGGGCCCACGACUUCGUGAUGGCCGGAAAGGAUAUACAGUAGUUUGCCCCUUUGUCUUGAGUAACGGUGAUGGCGAUAUAUUGGUGGAAAGAGGAUGGAUUGGCGAAUCCAAAGUGAUUCCUGACUCUAGAAAACUUCAACACUUAUCAUGUCCCCAGGGAACAAUUACUAUAGAAUGUGUGGUGAAAAUGCCCCAUAAGAAAAGUGCACUACAGAUGAAACACGAUAAAGGUGCCAGACUAUUUGAAUAUACCGAUGCUUAUGCAAUGGCGGAUGAACUUGGAACAAGACACUCUUAUUUGCAAGCAGUCAAGUCGUUUUGCGAUCGUCCGGAAUGGAGGCAAGAAGAAACACUAGAUAGCGAUUCAGAUGAACAUGAAAAUUCCACAGAAAAGAAGGGAAUAUGGAUCGCCUUGGCUUCUUUAGUCGGAUUUGGUGGUAACUCUGACAAAAAGCCAAAACUUACACUUUCUGAUUUGCAAAAGAAGCAAAUCGGUGAGUUGGAACAGGAUGAGCAAAGGGAUAUUGAGUUUGAUGAACAACAAUUUGUUUCUGCAGGUGUUCCAGUUGGUCAGGAACCAAGAAUCGAGUAUAGGAAUAACCACAUGCAAUAUUUAAUUACGUGGUUUUCACUUUCAUUUGCAGCUACUGUUCUACUCUUUAUAAUAGUGAAGAAGAAGCGGUGGGUGGAUCCAAGAGACGAAAAAGUGAAGUAUGCCAAGAGGUUCUUGCGUUGA